AUGAACACCGUCCAAGGUCUGCAGACCGCUCUCCGACUAACUACCUCGGAUAAGAUCAAAGAUCGUACUCAAGGGAUAGAGCUGGUCAGAGAGAUAUUCAGUAACAGAGAAAACCUGAAUGCAUUCGGAGAAACAGCUAGGAAAGAAGGUGGUGCAGCAUGGAUAGCAUUCUAUCAAUGUUUGUUUCAGACGGUGGUGAUGGAGAAGAAACUCGUUGUGAAACCUGGUGCUACAUCUACCGCCGACAAACGACUAGCUGAUUCUAUUUCCCUCAUUCGAUGGAUGGCCGAAAGGACAGUUCAUAUGAUAUCGAAGAAACCUUUUCUGGUACUGUUCAAUCAUAUGACAAGGUUAUUGGUAUUCUCGAAUCAAAUAUUCCCUCCUGCAGCUUUAGAUUACACCAAAGCCUUGCGGACGCUGUUGAGCUAUCCACCUCAUUUGGAAAGUCUCGAUCAAACAAGCUGGAAGAUACUGAUGAACAUAUGUUGGUCAGCUGUAUUAGGAGAUGAAGUAGUGAUUGAUGAUGCCUGGGAAGAUGGAGACCUUGAAGAAGAGGAAGAUAGAAAUGGAGGAAUGGAUAUCGACGGCUACUCCACUCAAGUUGGAUCUUCGAGGCGAAACGGUCGAUCUACCAUAUCCCAAAUCAAUACCGAGCUUCUCACCCUCAUCCCCAUCCUUCUCUCGUCAUCGGCAGCACCUCUUAUACCACCUUUACCGUCUAAGGACAACCUGAUUGCCCCCAUCGAAAAACCUGGCUAUACCCUUUUACUCAAGAUACAUCGUUUCUUCAAUCAAUACCCUACCGAGACCUCGGCACACCUGUCAGUAUUUCGUUCACUCAAUAUUUUAUUGACAGAGCUCGAAUUGAAUUGUCGGGACGACACACUCUCAGCUGGACUGAAACUACUGCCUCAACUUGUCUCGCUAUGGGGUACCAGAAACAAAGCUUUGAGAGAACAGAUAUUGAUAUCUAUUCGCAUGUUACUACCGUUUGUCACCCAUAAAACUCUGGUGGAGAAUAAACAUGCGACCGGAGUCAGAGAUACGCUGGAGAAGCUUAUGGAUGGUCUGUCGAGGGAAACGAUCAACAAGUGGGGGAUAGAGGCCCUUGACAUUGGGGUAUUAAGGUUAAAAUCGUCGCAAUCCAUGGACGGACCAUUCGGAUUACGAGGUAUAGGAGCUGGAUUUGACUUCAGUCAUGAACAUGCUAUGACCUGGGCAGUAUUGGAACUUUAUACGGAUACGUCUCUUUAUUUAUACGAAUCACAAUCACUCUCACAUCCAGCAACUCCCACUCGAAACAAUGGCCCCUCGAAGCGUCGGAGGACCGAGAACAAUAUUAAUUCUCUCAUCUCUUCCGCUCGAUUAGGUACAGUCAAGAAUCGCCUUCUGGCCUUACAAGUCAUCAUCUUCCUCUGCAACAGACAUCUCAGUAAACUCCACAACGAAGCUCAGCUGGAGAUACGGCGUACAAUGCUGGAUCUACUAGAUGAAGACGACGAACAACUUCAAUCAUGGACAUUUGUGGGAUUAUCUAUCCUUGCAAAGAUAUCCCAUGAAUAUCUCCAAACAGAUCAGAUGGAGAGCAAGUCUCUACUUGAUUCACCUUCUUCACGACUAGCUCAGAAGAAGUCCGAAGAGACUGAUUGGAAGAAAGUAUGGUCCUAUGCCAUUCGUAAAUCAUCGAACUCCAACGUUUGUCGGACUGCAUGUCACGCAGCGUAUACGCUCCUUCAGGUCGACAAAUUAGAUUGGGCCCAAGCUAUCAAGGAUAUCCACUCUUUACUUCGAAACGUUGAUAUUCAAGGUCCAGUAUUUCCUUACGACUCGGUUUGUGCCUUACUCUCUCUCGCGCUCGAAAUGGCAACAUCGGACGUACGACUGUACGCCUUGGGACUGGAAAAUAAGGUACUGAGCUGGUUAGAAAAAUGCGGUCUCGUGGAGGGACCCAGAGGGACUUCCAGAAUGGAGCAGCAAACCUCAGCGGAUAUCCUUCGUCUUUUCGCGUCGAUAUCUGGAUUUCAUCAUCAUCCCCUUCGCGAUAUCACUACCGAGGAGGUUUUACCUGAUGCUGUGAUCGUCGAUCGGAUACUGGAAAAAACCAAGACUAAGCCUAUACGGGAUUUUCUUCUCUAUGGCACUUUCCCACAAGAAAAAGUGAAAAACGGUGACACCGAUCAGUCGACGGAGUCAUAUCCGCAAGCCAUCGGAUUGGAAUCACUCGACGAACGAGCAAGAAGGAUAUCAACGUUUCUUUCCUCCAAGCUGUCAGCAUUGGCUACGGACUGGGAGAGUAUCGGAGGGGCAGCCGUCCCUGCCGAAAGAAUCAGGAGAUAUGUGGACCUCAUAGUCAUCGCCUUAUCCUUCCAAGCUACUAUACAGCUCAAUGGAAGUGUUCCUGAUUCCGAUUGUGUUCAUUCAGCUAUUCGACUGUUGACAGCUAUUCAAUCGACUUUUCUUUCAAACGGGUACAGCAUUCCUGCCCAGCACUUGAUCUGGAGAGGUCUUGAACCGCUCGUCCACUCAACAAUCCCACGGGAGGAUGACUGGCCGCUAUUAAUUCAGCCAGAUACACAAUCCGGUAUCAGACAGGACCUUCUUCCGACUUCUCGUUACGAUACGCCAAUCACCUCUUCUGUAGGUGACAGAAACAUCGUGAACGGAUCGAAAACAGAAUCAGGAUCUGGACCGUCUCAAACACUUGGUCUACCAAGUCAAAUACCCCUCAGUGGAAGCUAUAAUCUCCCACCCACACCUGUCACACCGAGUCAGUCUAUAAUCAAUCGUCCUGCACCACAUCGUUUGGUCAAUCAGAUAUGGUUGUUACCCACGGUUUCUGCCGCUCUUAAGGACAUCUUUAGCCUCUGUCUGCAACUAGUCAGCAAUCUGAACGCCGCCACCAACGGCAAUAGUGCACCUGCUCCCGGUCAUAUUGAGGACGACGACUUCGGCGAGAUCAGGAAUGUCGAGACCGAUGCCAUGCCGCUCUCUAAAGAGGCUAUAGAGUGUCAGCGCACUUCAGCUUCUUUGCUCAACACAGCUAUCGCAUUAAGAUUGAAAGGCUAUAUGCUGGUAUCCAACCUACAGAAACCAUAUAAAGAUCCUCAGCUGGUCAAUGCUCUACUAGUAACGGAAGGAUCAAGAUUUCUGGAGAUCGGGAAAGCCCUUUGCGUGGCUGUCAACAACAGGUGGCUUCGCUUAGGUGGAGAUGCUGUUGAGCUAGUCAUGGACGCUCUAGAAGAGAUGCUCAGAUCCUAUGCGUAUUCUAGAGAUACAGGCUUGUUAAGUCUAUGCUUGGCAUUUAUCAGAUGUUCCAUGCCAGUAUGGUUAGACGUUGAUGGAUUCAAGUCGGAUGUCGGAGAAAGAGCAAUACAUCUAGUCUGCUACUUCGCUUCAAGAAUUGAUAAGGGGACCAUCACCUCUUGGAAAGUCAAGAUGGGGAUGCUACGCUUCCUAGAUGAAUUCUUACAUUACGAUUUAGCCAAAGACUUGUGGCUACAAGGCAUGCAGGAUCACGUCGAAACGGAUGAAGAAGCGGAAAAUUCCGAUCCUUUAGCUUACUUAUCUGGAUCAUUACUGGAUGUCGACGCAAGAGUGAGGCUCAGAGCUGUUACUUCGGCUUCCUCAGUCUUUUAUCGACCUAUUCUACCUCUCGAUCAACAUUUCGCUUUCUACUUCCAAGUGUUGAAUAAACAACCUGGCGACGACAAGCAUUUCGAUUCUUUCGUAUCUCAUACUCUAUGGAAGCUGAACUGCUGUAUCGCGACCGCUCAACAAAGAUCAGCAGCGGUAUUUCACCUUUACGAGAUCCCUUCUAUCACCUCGGCUUACAACGGUCACCUUCAAUCCGGAUUGGAGGCUGUUUCUUGUCGACUCGGACUAUCUUCCAUAUCCGAGCUAUAUCUCCCGUAUGCGAUAGUCAUCAUUCGAAGUCAAUUACUUGGUAAUCAACUAGCUAUGAAAAUCCCACAUCGAUUAUACGGAUUCCCCACGAGAAAAGCCUACUCUCAUGCCUGCUUGCAACAAGUGGGGCCAUUCAUGCUAGCGGAAGGGUAUAUCGAUUUCUACACAUCAGCUUGCGAAGCUUCUGGGAUCCCUAUUGAAGAUAGUAUCGACCAAGCUUUCCCUUCUACAGCUGCUAUAAUGUACUCUAAAGUUUUCAACCCUGACACCGCUACCAAACAAUCCGUCCAGGAUGUUGUGGAGAUAUUAAGCAACUUACCCGGAGGCGAUAAUAAGAAAGGGCUUAAUAAAAAGCUAGACUCAUCGAUCGAUAGAAUAGCAGCGCAUCUUUGGGAAUUAUUAGAUCUCCAACUUUCCACAAAUGAAAUCGCGGUUGUUCUCAACGAAAUGACACCUGACCAAUCAGCCGGGACUCUAUUCUUGGAAUUGAUGACGAACGAUACUCUGCCGAUCGCUAAUACAGCUAUAGACCCUUUCGCUGCUGCUCAAAACAUCAUCGCCGCUUAUCAGUAUCUAAAGAAACAAAAUUCCCUCUCAACCGUCAAAAUGGUUUUCAACGCAAACAUUCGACUUACCAGUAAAAUAAACAAUGUGUUCCUCGUGAGUGAACAACGAAGGUCCCUGCGGUCUCUCUCGCUACUUGUGGUCCUGCAUCCGAAAGAGUUUCAAGAUUCGACUAUCUUACAAGCAUUUCUCAGAGAAAUGCUCGCUAUCUUACCUCAACCUGAUAUUUGCGGGAUCGCUUUAUCAAUGGUCGCUUGGGGAUUUAGGCAGCUCAACUCGCUCCAAGGCUCCAUAUCAAAUUUGACUGAUUUGUUUGUCCAACUUGGUUUCGCUCGAAUAGCUUUGAGUGAAACUUCAGUGUCGGGUAGGGAAGUGGGAGAUGGACUAGAGGACUGGAUAAUCCAAAGUGCUCGAAUAUGGACGAACAACGAGAAUACGAAAGUGGCCUUCCAGACGGCUCUGGCAUUAUGGCCUGAAACACUUCGAGGGAAAAUGACAGAACCGUAUUCCCCUUUUUAUACUGAUUUAGUGAAUCUCAGCAAGAGUAAAACAAUGAAGAAUGCUGGAGAGCUGUGUAAACAGUAUUUACAAGUUAUCAAAACAGGUACGAAACCUGAGGCUAUCGAGACCUUCGUCCAGUCCCUAUUUUGGCAUCUGAAAGGCAAAUUAAUGGAGAAUUCAGACACGGAUGGUAUCAAUGCUUUCCUAGAGAUACUCUACUUGGCAAAUGGUCAAAUUCGUGCGCCACCUCUAGAUUCGAUGAAAUUAUUCUCGAGUUACAAGAACAGUAACAUCACUAUCAGCUCGAGUAAGCAGAUCAAGGAUCCCGAGGCUACUUUGCGCUCUUCGAUAGUGCAGGAAGUUGCUAGACUUAUAGACGAGCCGAGCCAUCAGACUAGGUCAAUAGCUUAUAAAGCUCUACAAGGGAUGUUACCAAUGAUCGAAGAUUUAGUAUCCUCCUCUUUUUUACCAACCAAUGUACUCGGUCAGAUAUCGGCGCUUACUCCCAUCCACAUUCCACUCAAUAACAGUGAUUACCCGACGUUGGAUGAAAGUAUAAAUCAGGUGGGAUGGAUCAAGUAUUCCAGAUCAGCAGAUCAUUGGUGUCGAGAGUUAGUCAAAGUGCUCUGUCAGGUAGUAUCAACCGAUGAUCGAUUUUAUCAAUCGCUCGAACCACUUCUCAACUCAUCGACCGUCUCGUUAAGAUUUUUACUUCCCCACCUGAUUCAAGCUUCCUUAACGUGUGGAGCAUCAAUUCAUCCUGAAAUACCCUUUCAACGAUCAAAGAUUCUCUCGGCGCAUUUCAGCUUGAUUAUUCAGUGGCCAUCAGCUAGCUUAGGUACGAUACACUCUAUCAUCGAUACGAUACUCCAUCUAAGACAUUUCCAACCGCAUUAUCGAAAUGGAGAAUUGGGAUAUAAUGCUUGGUUGGAAAUUGAUUAUGUCCUCCUUAGUGAGGCUGCGGUGAAGUGCGGUGCGUAUGCUACGGCUUUGUUGUUUUUGGAGCUGGCCAGGGAUCAAGAAGGAGGUGGAGUCGAAGAUGACGACAAGAGGGUUCAGAAGAUUAUGUACGAAAUAUACAGCAAUGUCGAAGAUCCCGAUGGUUUCUACGGUAUCCAAAAUCACGACGUGCGAGAUGCCCUUCUCCGGAGAUUAGAGCACGAAGGACAAUCUCAACGGGCUUUCGGCUGGAAUGGAGCAUUUAUCGAAGCUGCUUCCUCUAACUCCUCCAAUACCUUCUUACCGGCUCUACACAACCUGCAUUCCUUCGGAUUCAAUCGCUUGGCAAGUUCGAUGACAUCCCAGACUCGACAAGAAGGUGUAGAUGAAGAUCCAUUUUUCCUUGAAUUAGCUUGGAGGACAGGUGAUUGGGACUUACCGAUGAGUGAGCAGCUUUCAAGAACGCCUCAAGGUAGUCUCUAUUCUGCGUUACGAGCUGUUCAUAGAGAACGAGAUACACAAGCUGCUCUCAAGAUAGUCAACGAGUCUAUCAAGGUCGAGGUAGACCGCUUGAGUGGAUUAGGGAUGGAAAGAAUGGCUCAGAUCAAGAGGACCACGACGAACUUGCUCUGCUUGAGAGAAGCGGCACAUUGGUUGGAUAAUGAUUUUCAGUCAUCACUCGAGAACGCUGCGAGUAAUGUUGGGGGCAUUGCUCAGGUACUUGGAUUCGCUAAUGUCGAUAAAUCGUUUGACUUUACCAACGCCGAACGUCUAACGGCAACUCAGCUAUCGCUCCUUCACUCUGGUCGACAAAGAGAAAGUAAAAAUACCUUGGGUGAUUUACUUAGUCCGAAAGCUGAACUUCUUGCUUCUCUGGAAAAAUCCUGCCAUCUCCGACUUGCUGAAAUGGCCAAGAACGAUGAUAAUAUCCAAGCUUCGGUCAAUGCCAUUACGGCUGUCCAACAAUUGGAAAUGGGUAGAACACCUUCAGAUGAAGCUCAAGAUGCGUUCAGUCAAGUAUUAUGGGCUCAGAACGAACAUGGUCUGGCGAUUCAACAUGCUCGAGAUCUAGUACAUGAAGUGCAGAGCAGGAAACCUGCUAAUCCCGGUAGAUUAGCUGUUUUGUAUGGUCGGAUUGCUCAUUGGACCGAUCUAGCUAAACUCAAAGCUGCAACCGAAAUCAAAAGUAUAUUUGACGAUGCUUGGAAGCUAGCUUUUCAUAGCAAGAUACCCAAUGCCGAACAAGCUAAAAUCUACUACGAAUAUGCGUGUUUCGCCGAUAAUCAUUAUACCAACUUGUCAAAAUCGUCUGAACUCGAAAGGCUCAAGUCGUAUCGUGAGAGACGAGCUCAAGAAUCACAUAUUCUAGGAUCGUCCAAAUCAAGCUCAAGGAGAGAAAGUACUUCACGACCCUCCAAGGCUGCUCAAGAGGAUCAAGAAGAUGAGAAAGUCAUCAAAGGCUUGGAGAGCGAACUACUAGCAUACAUCAAGAUGGCGUUACGGAUGUACGCUCAAGCAUUGGCUUUAUCGGACGCUCACGAUGAUUCCAUCACUCAAUUGGUCUCAUUAUGGUUACAGCACGAUGAGAGCGAAGAGAUCAAUGAUUCUUUCAAAGGGACAUUGAACCGUAUACCAUCGUAUAAAUUCGUGUUCCUCGGACCUCAAUUAGCAGCGAGAUUAUAUCGACCCACUAUACCUACCAAAUUCAAUGCGAAUUUGAAUGGACUGUUGUUGAAGAUGAGUAAAGAGCAUCCUUAUCAUAUUUUAUAUCAGGUCAUAACACUAGCUCAUGGAGUAUCACCCCCGAGCUCGGCAAGAAGGAAAUCUACCGAUGCUGAGAAUCAGGGCCGUGGACCGGCGGCAUUAGAAAUCUUAAAUGUGUUGGCCGGGUCGAAAGACACUUUGGCUCAUCAAGCUGCGAAACAGAUGAAGAUCUUCGUGGUGGCGUCGGUGAAUUGGUCGAGAUAUGAAGAGAGAUCACAAUCUCAAUCGUCCUCUGAUAAUGGCGGUGGAAGUAGGAAACCAAAAGCCGGGUCUCAAUAUAAUUUACCCACCAAUUGUCCUCUUAAACAUCUAACCAAUCUACGUAUACCUAUUGCGACCAGCUCUAUCCCCAUCGAUAAAAGUUUGGCAUAUACGGACAUACCUACUCUGCAGAGGUACGGGUCGACGUAUAUGAUUGCUGGUGGUGUACAUAGACCGAAGAUUAUGAGGGUAUAUGAUACGAAUAAUAAACAGCAUCAGCAGCUGUUCAAAGCGGAAGAUGAAGUACGACAAGAUGCAGUGAUGGAACAGGUAUUCACCAUGACGAAUGAUCUCCUCAUCAGAGAUAGACAGGCGAAAGCGAGAAAUCUCAGAUUUAGAACAUACAAUGUUGUUCCCUUACCUGAGAGGACUGGUAUCAUCGAGUUCGUAGAGGGUACAAGAGGGAUUGGAGAGUGGUUAAAACCGGCUCAUAUGAAGUAUCGACAAGGAAUAGACAUUUCCCCAGCGGAAUUUCAAGCGAAAAUAUCCAAGAUCCAAGAUCGAGAUCCGAAAUCCGCCGAUUUACCGAAGAAAUACCAAGAAUGUAUGACCCAAUUCAAACCUGUUUUAAGGCAUUUCUUCGUUGAGAGACAUAAAGAUCCAAUGGCAUGGUUCACCAUGAAAUUGAAUUAUUCAAGAUCGGUAGCUGUGACUAGUAUAGUGGGGUGGAUGGUCGGGCUGGGCGAUAGACAUUGUAGUAAUAUUUUGAUUGAUCAGGUUACUGGGGAGUUGGUGCAUAUUGAUUUUGGGAUUGUCUUCGAGGAUGGCCGAAAACUUCGUAUACCCGAAAAAGUUCCAUUCCGACUAACCAACGAUAUCGUCGAUGGACUUGGAAUAACAGGUAUAGAAGGAACUUUCCGACGAUGUUCUGAACAUACCCUUAGAGUACUACGUACUUCGUCAUCACUCAUCCUUACGGUGUUAGAAGUAUUCAAGAACGAUCCGUUAUACGCUUGGGCAGGUGAUCCAGAUAAAUUACAAAGAGCUCAAGGAGGAUUGGCAUUACCCAUCGGAGAAUUGAUAAUGCACGAUGCGAAUGUGAAAGAAAAAGCUGAUAGGGUGUUGAAUAAAAUUAAGAACAAAUUGGGAACGGGGUUGAGCGUAGAGUAUACGGUUAAUAUGCUGAUUCAGGAGGCUAGGGAUGUAGAGCAUCUGGCGAGAAUAUAUCACGGUUGGGCGGCAUGGUUCUGA